UGCCCCCCCCGUAGGUUGUGGUUUCCGGGUGCUACAGUCAUCCCCUUCCCCGGAUGGUUUCCGGGUGCUGUAGAUUCUCCCUUCCCCCCCCCCCCGGGCUGAGGGGAUUGAAGGGGCCGGUGAGCGGGGAGUAGCGGCAGCUAUGGCUACCCGCAGCCUGACCGAUGCCUAUGUGUUGAUGCGGAACCGAGCGGCCCAGAGCCGGCAGUUGCUGGCCGAGCAAGUGAGUACAAAGCCGGGACAGGUCCUGUCCUUGGCCCUGGGCCGAGGCAGCGGCGGCGGCAGCGGCAGCGCUGCGGAGUUGGAUGAGAUAGCUGAUGAUCGUAUGGCAUUGGUGUCUGGGAUCAGCCUGGAUCCAGAAGCUGCCAUUGGCGUAACUAAGAAACUGCCUCCAAAGUGGGUGGAUGGAGUGGAGCAGAUUCAGUUUGACAUCACCAGAAUAAAACAGAAGAUGAAGGAGCUGGCUGGUUUACAUGACAAGUAUCUGAACCGGCCAACACUGGAUGACAGCAGUGAGGAGGAGCAUGCGAUAGAAAUCACCACACAGGAAAUAACACAGAUGUUCCACCGGUGUCAGCGAGCGGUACAGAGCCUGCAAAGCAAAUGGCGCAGUUGUACAGAACAGGAAGAACGGGUCCUUCGAAACGUUGUCUCUUCUCUAGCACAAGCCCUUCAAGAUCUGUCGACUAACUUUCGGCAUGCCCAGUCCAGCUAUCUCAAACGUUUGAAGAAUCGAGAGGAAAGGUCCAAACACUUUUUUGAUACAUCUGUGCCACUAAUGGAUGAUGGUGAAGACAACAAUCUUUAUGACAAAGGUUUUACCCACGAUCAGCUACUCCUGGUGGAAGAGAAUACUCUGAUGGUGGAAGAACGAGAAAAGGAGAUCCGACAAAUUGUGCAGUCAAUAUCGGACUUGAAUGAAAUUUUCAGAGAGCUGGCCAGCAUGAUCGUGGAGCAGGGGACCAUCUUGGACCAGAUAGAUUAUAAUGUGGAACAGUCCUGUAUGAAAACAGAAGAGGGCUUGAAGCAGUUACAGAAGGCAGAGCAAUACCAAAAGAAGAAUCGAAAAAUGUUGGUCAUUGUGAUCUUGUUUGUGAUUGUAGUGGUUCUCAUUAUCGUGUUGAUAGGCGUCAAAUCAAGGUGAUUGGCAGAAAUUCGCCUACAGCAGGAGCUGUGAGGAAAAUUCGCUGGUUUGGUGAUUAAACAAUAAUGUCUGCGAGGGGGAGCUGUGGAACAGGAUCAGAUCCCCUGAAUUCCUUCACUACAGAAAAUCAGGAAUAUAUUGUGAUUGCUGUGUUGUAAAUUGAAUUUGGGGAGUAGGGGUUGGGGGAAAGGUGUGUUCUCUCUUGUGUUGCUGUGAACAGUACUUGGACUUGCUUCUUUCCGCUUUUCCUCCUCUAGCUGAUGAUAUGCUCGUGGCCUGUAACUAAUUGAUCUCCCACCACUGGGAGCAUCAUCUGUGUCUCGAGGAGCGGAGAGGGGGCUGGUGCUUCACUGGUUGCCUUGAGCACACCUGGUUCCUCUACCAUCCUUUCCUAUCAGUGCACUAAUGUGUUGCAGCAGUUCUGAUUUUUGUGUGAUGGCCUUUGUUUCCUGGAGGAGAUGACACAUAACCAAUCUUUAUAUUUAUGGUUGUGUCCAACUGUAACCAUCAAAAGCAAAAAUCAUUCAGACUUAAAGAGCAAACAAUUCCUGAACAUGUAUGUGUUGUUAAACUUUAUUGUCUACUUUCUGCUUGGCAUACUGUGUGCACGUUGGGAAUACACAGCAGUCUACGCUUUCCCUUUGGGUUGUCAUGGUAGAUCUUCCCCUUGCAAAAUGGCAGCAGAACAGUACAAUGGCAGUCCAUGUCUGUAAUUUGUUACUGUAAAUUACCCCCUUACCAGGUGACAGAAAGCUGAGGGAGGGAAGGAUGAGUUAUAAAGUUGGGAGAGUCUUAUUGAAGGCUUCCCAAACUGUGGGUCAAAAUUUAGGAGUUGUCAGUUCUGAGGACCGAAGUCCCUUUAAAUCCACACCUUUUUUUGAAUGCUGGGCAUGGCCUAUCUUUGAAGUUCUAUCCCUUCUUCAAAAAAGCCAACUAUUUUUCCUGCAGUUUAUACACUUCUGAAGGUGCUUAACCUCAGUUUCCUUUCAGUCUUUCAAAUCUCUCUCCUCUUUGCUUUCUCAAAUUGUCCAUCCAACCUGCCUGUCACUUGGAUAGUGGAAAGUUUCAGACUUCAAAACGCGGUUAUGUUGUGGAAAGGUUUGGGAAGCAGUGUGCUUGGCUGGCCUGAAACUGUAUCAGGGACAGAGGUCCCUGCACUUGUGGCCACGGUUAGUAAUUGAUUGACUAAACAAAAGGCAGUCAUCAUUAAGAAGGAAAAUAUGUGUGACGCUAGUGGUUGGAACAGAUUUAGUUGGGGUGAAGUCAGGAAUAUACAACAAAGUGGGAGAUCUUUAUUUGGAAAACCAAGGCAUUUCACUCAGGAUAUCCAGACUUUCUGUAAUGGUCAGGGAUCUUUCAACUUCUCUUUCUGCAGGAGUGAGACUUGGGCAGUGUAUCACUCAGUUGGCUAGAACUAGGCACCAAAUUGUGUAAUGCAUUUAGUAAAUUGGCUCUGAGUGAGCAGAAAGCACAUGAUUUGAGUGUGUGCUGUGUAUCUGAUAAUCCCAUUAUCAAAUCAGGUGAAUAUUGGAACUUGGUGGAGAGAGAUGCUUUAAUUUGAAUAUCUCUGCUUUUCUACAUUCUCCAGUGAGAAAUCUUUUUAUUGUUUUAACGCUUGUGUUUAAGUGUUUAGAUGGACCAGAACAAUUUGUUUAUUUUGAUUUUACCUUUAAUAUUAAUGGAAUAAGCAGUUUGGAACACUCCAGCUUUUAUUCUCUUUUUCUCCAGGGGAAGAAGUGUUUGUAUCUAGCUUGUUUGUGACUCUCACUGUUAUGGUUCCCUCGUGCAUUAGGUUCAAAUGUAAUGAGUUUGAUUGUGUUUCUGUUAACCUGGGGUUGGUCAUGCAUGAGUCCCAUUUCCAGGUAAUGGGAGUGAGCUGAAUGUACUGCCUAAAGUGUACUUAACAGUGUUGUGAAACUACUUUUAGAAGACAUUUUCUGAAGGGAGUGUACAUUAAUUUAGACUGUGCUCUUGGGCAUCAUCAUGUCUGUUUUAUGCCCUUGAAUGGGAAUUUUAAUUAAAAACAAAUGGUUCAUGGCAUUACUUUGUAACUGUUGGGUUCCUGUCUUAACUUAUUGAGUGACAGCAUGCAGGAAAUAGAAUGAGUUUGCAGUGGAUGCAGAAUAAUGGAGAACGCUUGAGGUGGUAAAGGGAUGCAAAGUAGAUAGACACAGCCAAUUUCUAGUAGUUUAGCAAUCUGGAACAAAAAUGUAGAGUACAGUUAAACACAACAGAUUUGAUGCAGAGAGUAAAGGUUGCCGAACAGUGCUAGUGAUUGUAGCAGUGACCGUGCCAGCAUUAACGAAUGGAUUUGACAGUGUGUUUAGUGAACGGCAGAAUAAAGUGAUUGUGAAAAAGAGUAGACGGAUGGGAGCAAAAUGAGCAUAAGGAUACUGCUCAAGGGGAGGAAUGAACAUCCACAUGGACUGGUUGGACAACCCAUUUUCAGGGUAGGAAUUUAUGCUUCGUUCUUUAUGAUUUUAAAAAAAUGAAAUGGAGGGUAAGAAAGAAGACCUGAGUUUGGAUGUCAUUGGAAGGGACCAUUGAACUGAGAGAGACAGACUGCAGAUGCUGAAGAUGUUCAAUUUUAAAAGUAAGUGCUAAGAACCGUUCCUCAGCAGAUCAGGCAGCACGUGGAAACGAAGAGAGCUAGAAUUUCAGUUCAGUGUCUGAUGAAAAGAUUGGUAAGAUUUUUGGAGUCCAUUGUGAAGGACGAGAUUUUUGAAUACUUGGAAGUACAUGCUAAAAUAGGGCCAAGUCAGCAUGGCUCAUCAAGGGGAGGUCAUGCCUGACAAAUCUGUUAGAAUUCUUUGAGGAGGUAUCAAGCAGGUUAGACCAAGGAGAGCCAAUGGAGGUUAUCCACCUGGACUUCCAGAAGGCCUUUGAUAAGGUGCUGCACAUGAGGCUGCUGAAUAAGAUAAGGGCCCAUUGUGUUAGAGUCAAGGUGCUAGGAUGGAUAGAAGAUUGGGGAUAAAGGGCCCUUCUCAGGAGAGUGACUGGUGGAGUUCUACAAGGAUCAGUGUUGGGACCACAACUUUUCACUUUAUAUAUUAAUGAUCUAGAUGAAGGAACUGAGGGCAUUUUGGCUAGGUUUUCAGAUGAUACAAAGAUAAGUGGUGGGCCAGGCAGUAUUAAGGAGAUGGGGAGGCUGCAGAAGGAUUUAGACCGGUUGGGAAAGUGGACAAAGAAGUGGCAGAUGAAGUACUACUU